CCUGUUUCCAAUUCCCACACGCCCUUCUUUCUACUUCCAGGAGGCUAACCCCUUCUCCAAAUAACUACACUAAACGCAGGCGGCGCCUUUUUCCCUCCCUCAGGCCGGCGAAGUAGUGACCGUCAUGAGCCGCUACGACGGCCGAGCCGGCGACCCCACCUCCUACCGCGACCGGAGAAGCGAUGUGGGCUAUAGUGACGGAGGCCUUUCUAGCUAUGGAAAGAGCUAUAAGUCCUCCAGCGUCAAGGAGACUGAAGGAUUGGCGGAUUUGGAUGGCUUGGUGCCGUUCGAGAAGAACUUCUAUAAAGAGUCUCCUUCAGUGUCUUCGAUGACCGAGGCUGACGUGGAGGAGUAUCGUCGUAAGCGGGAGAUUACGGUGGAGGGCCGGGAUGUUCCGAGGCCCAUUAGGGAAUUCCGUGAUAUUGGUUUUCCUGAUUAUGUUAUGCAAGAAAUUGCUAAAGCUGGGUUUGUUGAACCUACACCCAUUCAAGCACAAGGAUGGCCAAUGGCCAUGAAGGGUCGUGACCUUAUUGGUAUUGCUGAAACAGGAUCGGGAAAGACAUUGGCUUAUCUAUUGCCUGCCAUUAUUCAUGUGAAUGCUCAACCAAUUUUAGCACUUGGUGAUGGUCCAAUUGUCUUGGUCUUGGCUCCCACUCGUGAACUUGCUGUUCAGAUACAACAAGAGGCAACUAAAUUUGGAGCAUCAUCAAAGAUAAAAAAUACUUGCAUAUAUGGUGGUGUUCCCAAGGGCCCUCAGGUUCGAGAUCUCCAAAAAGGUGUUGAAAUUGUAAUUGCCACACCUGGCCGGUUGAUUGAUAUGUUAGAGUCACAUCAUACUAACUUACGGAGGGUGACAUACCUUGUGCUGGAUGAGGCAGAUCGUAUGUUGGAUAUGGGAUUUGAACCACAGAUCAGGAAGAUUGUCUCUCAGAUCCGCCCUGACCGUCAAACUCUUUAUUGGAGUGCCACUUGGCCCAAAGAAGUUGAACAACUUUCUAGACAUUUUCUUUACAAUGCAUACAAGGUGAUUAUCGGUUCCGCCGACUUGAAAGCUAAUCAUGCAAUUCGCCAGCAUGUAGAGAUUGUAACAGAGAGUCAGAAAUAUAACAAAUUAGUCAAGUUACUGGAGGAUAUUAUGGACGGAAGUCGGAUAUUGAUAUUCCUCGACACCAAAAAGGGUUGUGAUCAAAUAACAAGACAGCUACGUACAGAUGGUUGGCCUGCUCUUUCAAUCCAUGGAGAUAAGAGUCAAGCAGAGAGAGAUUGGGUGCUCUCAGAGUUUAAAGCUGGGAAAAGCCCCAUAAUGACUGCUACUGAUGUUGCUGCUCGUGGUUUGGAUGUGAAGGAUGUGAAGUACGUAAUAAACUAUGAUUUUCCUGGAUCUUUAGAGGAUUAUGUGCAUCGUAUAGGGAGAACAGGCAGAGCUGGAUCUAAAGGAACUGCGUACACUUUUUUCACAGCAGCCAAUUGCAGAUUUGCAAAAGAUCUCAUUAACAUACUCCAAGAGGCUGGACAGAAGGUCAGCCCUGAACUGGCUUCCAUGGGUCGAGGUGCCCCUCCCCCACCUGGAGUAUCAUCAGGUUUUCGCGAUAGAGGAAGAGGGUUGGGCGGAGGUCGUUCAUGGAGCUAAUUGCCAUUCGGAGGGCAAUUCUUUCAACCAACCAAGCAAUCUACACACAAAAAGAACUAGUUUUUAUCUAGUUUAACCAGUAAUUGUGUAUUAUAUUUUGCUCGGUGAGACCUUAUAGAUAGGUAGUAUUGACUUUCAAAGGGUCUUCUGCUAUUGUUCAGCAAGCAAAAAUAUUGCAAAUCUUUUGAAUUUGGCUGUUUUAAGUGAUUGUCAUGUUUUUAUAUUCAGCUGUAAAAUAUACAACCUUCUUAUUCUAAAGAGUUUUGGCUAUGAUUUCGGCUUCA